CCACCGGAAAGAUCAAGUGGAGCACAGGAUGUGCGCUGGCAAAUGUGAUCGGGUGGAGAGCAGCGACAAUAAUCACCGGUGGAGAUUCAAGCCUUCGGCAGUUUCUAAAAGUGUCGCUUGACAGUUAUAUUUAUAAGCAGUUAAAUUCAGCUUGCCUGUAAUUAAUACGUUAUUUAUGUCCACAUAAAGAAGACUUCCUGGCUACACCAACAACGUUUUUGUUAUUUUGAUCGAAGCUCCCGCUUGCGGCACUUCCUAAAAAACAUCGGGUAGUUCUUAAGUUAGACUGUAAUUCUAGACUGUAAGUCUAAGAAAACCGGACCUAAAAGAGAAAAUAUCUAUUAACCGCAGCAAUGAACUCUGAGGCGGGAAUCUUGAUAGAAACGGUUAACUUUGCUGCGGACAAACAUCGAAAACAGCGGCGCAAAGACCCGGAGGAAACGCCGUACAUCAACCACCCCAUCGGUGUUGCCAGGAUCCUGAGCCAUGAGGGCGGUGUGACAGACGUGGAGGUGCUGCAGGCCGCACUGCUGCACGACACGGUGGAGGACACGGACACCACCCCCACGGAGCUGGAAGCAAAGUUUGGCCCGGUUGUUGCUCGAAUCGUACAGGAAGUCACAGACGACAAAAGCCUGCCGAAGCGGGAGCGGAAGCGGGUGCAGGUGGAGCACGCAGCCCAGUGCAGCCGGCAGGCUAAACUGGUCAAACUGGCAGACAAGCUCUACAACCUGAGGGACCUGAACCGCUGCACUCCUGUGGGCUGGAGCAGCGAACGCGUCCACGAAUAUUUCGUGUGGGCCUCUGAGGUGGUGAGGAACCUGAAAGGAACCAACUCCGUUCUGGAGGAGAAGCUGGCUGAGCUGUUCCAGGAGAGAGGCCUGACUCUCUGAAAGUGUCUGCACCAAAAUGGGAAUCAUUCUGACUACAUCUAAAAUAUUAAAUCUGUUUUCCUUCA